AUGGACCAAGGCUGGGAGAUACUUCUGCAGGCUGACUACCCGGCUGGUGCCCGGCCAGUGGCGGUGGCCCACCACCCCGUCCUGCCACUCGUCGCUCUCGCCUACGACGACUCCCUCAUCGAGGUGUGGAAUGUGGAGAAGAAGGUGGUGAUCGCGGCGCUGGGCGCCGAUCACUGGACCACCGCAGUGCCGGACAAGAAGGGCGUGAACAUCCACUCGCUCACCUUCUACGAUUCCUACACUGUUCAUCACAAGCUCCUCUCCACAAGGGCCAACGAGGGUGGCAGCGAUGCGGAGAAGCAGUCGGCCGAGGACAAGCCCGAGGGCCGCUGGCUGGUGGUCACCACCGACUCCGUCGUCUCCUUCUUCGACUACCUGUCGCAAGCCGUGCGCCACGUGAGCCUGGCCGCGCUGGACGGCAAGGCAGCGCUGACGGUCGACUUCUUCCCUCGAUCGUCGGUGCGGCUCUGGGACUGCGCGCGCUGGGCGCGCACGCUCACGCUGACCUCGACCAGCUCCAAGCCAAUCGUCGCCAUCUUCGCUCGAUUGGGUGCGAAUGAGAUCACGGGCGAGGUGGUUGCGGCGGGCGACGACGGCAAGGCGCUCGUGUUCUGGAAGUGCCCCCUCGUGCCCAAUUCGGAGCAGAAGCCCAUCCCCUCCUACGACCAGAAGAAGGGUCCUGAUGGAGCGAUCACCAGCCUCGCCUACGACGCCUUCACGGAUCACCUGGUGGCCUCCUCCGAGAAGUCCACGGUGGUGUGGGGCUUGACCGAGCACAAGGAGGUCCUGCGGACCAAGAACCCGCUCAAGCACGCCAUUACCUCCGUCCACCACUUCCCGCCCUACUCACUCUUGGCCUGCGUCAAGGACAGCUCCAAGGUGUACAUACUGGACGAGCAGUUCACGGCGAGCACCAACGCGGAGCCGUUCCUGGACCUGGACCUGCUGCCGGCCUUCAAGAAGGAGCUCAAGCCGCGCAAGGUGGUCGGCCUCGCCGUCCACUCCUGGGGCACCCACCUCCUGUGCCUCGCCCGGCCCGGCUUCUUCGUCCUCGCCCCGCCCCGCCCCAACCCGGCGACUGGUGUCACGGUGGUGCCUCCGCGUCCGUCGGCCGCCGGUUACAUCUACUACCUGCGGGAGGGCGAGGCCAUCUUCACCCGCGACUUCAACAAUAGCAAGGUGGCGAAGGCGCACAUUCUGUCCAAGAAGGGCGCCGUGCGUCUGCAGGCCAGCCCUUCCUACCGCCACCUCACCGUCACCUACGACGACACCUCCUUCCAGGUGUUGGACACGACGUCGUGGCAGUGCGUGCACGAGGGCAAGGCCAAGAGCCUCGCCUGGCGCUCGCCCGCGGACCAGCAACAGGACGUGCUCGCCGUCCUCGAGUCCAUCCCUGUGACGCCGGUGGUGAACGAGAAGGAGAAGAAAAAGAAGAAGGACGCCCUCAGCCCGCGGCAGUUCUCGAUGGCGGUCAAGUUCCUGGUCGUCGACUCGGGCCGCGUGGCCGACACCGGCGCCGACAUCGACACCGACGUCGAGGGCGAGGUCCUCGAGUCGCUCCAGUCUGGACCCGUGAUCGGUCUCAAAUACCAACCCAUCCCUCCGCCGGUGCGGGGUGACAGCAAGCCGAGUCCGCCGCUGCUCAGGUUCCUCGUCCGCGGCUCGCAGAAGAUCGGCCGUGACGGCCCGGCGAUUCCAUCGGCCGACUUUGGGGUGUGGGACGAGGAGAGCAAACUAUCGAUCGAAGAUAACGGGAUGACGGAGGUGGUGCGCGCCGAGCAUCGCAUGGUGUCCGCCGUGUGGGCCAACUCGUGCCUCUUCUUCGCCACCGACCGACAGAUCCGCUGCCUGAUGAUGGGAGCGCAUCCGCUGGGCACGAUCGUGCUGGCCUCGCUGUCGCAGGGCGAGAACGACUGGCAGCUGGAAGCCGCCUCCCACGGCGACUCCCGCCGCCCCAUCGCCCUCCGCCCUCCCCCUCCGCUCUCCAUCCUCGCUUUCCUGCCCCAGGGCGAGCUGGGUGUGCUCACGAUCACCGGAGACGUGGUCAAGGUGGCGGUCAACCACGCCCUCCUCAAGUUCUACCUCCUGGUCACCCUUCCCUCGGUCGACGAAGCCGUCAUCUGGGCCGACAAGACGGACGCGGCGUGCCAUGAGCAGAUGGCUCGGCUGCUGGCUCUCCUGGGCCACGAGCCCCAUGCCCUUCGCCUGCGUGGCGUCUCUCCAUGGAACAAACUGGCGAUCUGCGAGCGACAUUCGCUCUACGCAGAGGGCGUCGCCCUCGCCACCUCGCUCGCGUCGGAGCUCCAGCUGGUCGACAACAACAAUGACAACGCCGACGAGCAAGCCGGCCAAUCGGCCACGACCAAGGCCGUCGACAAUAACACCAACGACGCCGACGACGACGCGGUCGAGGCCCAGUUCGGCGGCGUCGGCGGCGGCGAUGAUGGAAACGAGAGCGGCGCCACGAAGGGGCAGACGGAGAAGGCGAAGCUGGUCCACUACUGCCUCGCCUUCGGGCACGGCGCGGCCAAGUCGACCGACUGGAAGUGCGCCAUCGAGGCCUUCCGCCUUGCCGCACGCCUCGACCCCUCGGCCUAUCGGCACUUGGCGGCCACCACGCUGCUGGCCUCGACCAAGGGCGCCGCGAUCGACCCGCAGCAGGCCGCCCUUCCCGCCCUGCACGCCGCCCUCUCCGCCAACAACUCCCUGCGCCACCAGGCGAAUUGGGCGGCGAUGCUGGUUCCUCUGGCGAGGGGCGCGGGCAAGGGCGAGGCGGCGCGGCCGGUGCCGUUGCUCCCGCCGCCUUCUCUGCUGACGGGCGACGUGCCCCUGUUCCGCUUCACCUCACCGCACCACCACUGA